AUGGCCAACGACGAUGCAUACUCUUACGAUGCUCAUGAUAUACGACCCGACGACAGCAUCAGCCGCCGAUGGGACCAGGCUAGUGUUGACAGCCCCAGUAUGAAGUCGUCUACCUCGUCUCUCGACGGUGGUCCAGCAGACUCGCACAUUUCCCAUUCGACAUACAAAACCGACAGACCAACCACACCUCCGUCGCGACCCACUUCAGUACCCUCAUCGCUCCCGCAAACCCCAGCAACCGUUUCUGGCAACAAGGAAAGAGUGAGAUAUAGUUGGCAGUCAAUCCACGAGGACGAGCCCAACAGGCCAAGAAUACAUAUUGUCAAGAUUGUUUCGAACACUGCAACAGCUUCGGCAGCGUCUCCACAGGGUGAAGCCUUGGCCUUUUCCCUGUCGCCUGCUGGAAAGAGAAUUGCUGCAUACAACUCGGCCAGGCUGUUUGUCUUUCAGACUGCUGCCUUGCCUAUCAAUGUGUCGCAUGAAUAUGCUUUGCGGAGGAGACCAUUAGCUGUUGAGAUCUGCGACGAAGCCAAUGUGCUUGCUGUUCUCGUUGACGAACACACCGUCAAUGUUUAUGACUUGUCGCGCAAUAAUGCUCGUCGCGUGAGGACUGUCCGCACCGACUUGCCUACAUCUACCAUCGCCCUGUCUUCUACUGGUGGUCUUCUUGCUGCUGCAUAUGAAGGAGGGGUCGAGGUAUUCUCUCUGGCUCCAAAUGCUCUCAUCACUGAUCGACGUGCCGUGAGAGCACCGAAAAUGGACAAGUUGGUCUUCUCUCAGGACGACUCCACUCUGCUUGGAACAACCACUCGCAUUUUUGCUUCGUCCACGCUUGUCGUUUCUGUACCGAUCUUCCCUUCCAACUCUUCUUCUCAACCUUCCCAUCAAGAACUUCAAGAAGCCUGGUGUACUGGUAUGCUGGAGCCGCAAAAUAUCAAAAAUAGCAGCCAUGCUACAUUCAUGCGUGAGGAAGGAGCCAUGACUAACGACAAACUCUUCGCCUGGAACGGCCUUGAAGACACAUUCGGUGUCCUGCAUGCUCAUGAUAUGGUUUACAAUCAGGUCGACUUUCCAGUGGCCAUAUCGCCUCCACUGUCUACUUGUGGAGGCCUUGGAGCUACCAUCCACCAUUGCCCAUCCAUCGAUGAACACGGCAAGAUCGUGGCCAUGAUCGUCAACGAUCGAACAAUUCGCCUGUACAUUGUCCCUCAGGAUGCUCAAGAUGCUACCACGAAAGUUGAGGCUCACAGUAUUGACCACGAGUUGGAUGAAGAGUAUGGAUGUCCGUUCACAGACCUUCGAUGGGUGCAUUCACGUCUCAAUCUACCAGCUUCUGCACACUCGCCUCAUCAGAUCAGAGGCAGGUUGGUCGUCACCAGUCCUGGAUCUUCAGCCGAUGCUGAACAAGCAGAACUGAGCGUGCAAGAUAUCGAGGGUGGUCGCAUCAUCCUUNUUGAUUUUGAUCCGCAGUUCGCUGGUCAACCAGGCCAAACGUUUGUCUUCAAUGUUGGUAAAGCUCCGCCGGUAACGCUAGAGGAAGAGAGGAUGGAAGUUGCGGAUGAGAUCGCGCUGGUCAGGCGGCGGACGGUAACUUCAACCCGAAGCAAUACCUUGGGAAAGAAGACACCAUCGCUUGGGAGAGCUGCUACAACUAUCUCACGACGCCAAGACAACUCUGCAUAUCGAGAUGGAAGCCCGGCUGGGUCAGCACAGCAAUUAUCGCUGAGCACUCCACCGUGGAGGAACCGUCGAAUAAGCUCUUCUCUCGUCUCAUUAUCUGCCGAUGCAACCAGAUCACUACCCGACUUGCUCGAAGCAAGCGAGCUAGCUGCCGAGUCACUUGAACAGCCAUAUUCACAGGGAGCACCUCGCUCAUAUGUGUCGAUUGAGCGUGCUACCACUGCUGCGAAUGCACAUCGCUUCCAAGCACUCGAGGAACACGAAGCAGAAUCAGACCAUCCGGGUGAUCUGAGUCUGCCUGCAUAUACAGAACACCCAAACCAACCAUUACCCCGAAAGUAUCGUGCCCUUGCUGGAUUGGACAUACCCCUGCAAUCACGCUUUGCUCAGCAGAAUAGCGAUCCUAUAUCUACUAUCCAUACAGCACCUCCCACAAUCCCGGACCAUCGAUUUCCUACUCCCACCUCGACAUUGUCUCCCGCAUACGCCAAUCCUCCACUCACACCCCUUUACAACCAGCCACCCAGUCCCAUGAGACCUGACGUCAAUUCAGCCCAUAGUGACAACUCUGGCAUCAGUCCAGUAACGACGAGAUCAGGAACACAUGCAACAUUGCGCACCCAACAAUCCUGGGAAACAAUUAGUACAUCAGCACAAACCACACCCCACGGCCCUUCAACCUUGCGCUCUCAGCCAAGUUGGGAAAGUAACAGGACCCUCAACUGCUUCCCCUCAAACGCAUCUCAAGGUACGAGAACUGUACCCACGAGUCCAGAACACAUGCGCCCACCUCAAAUGAUGCAAGGCUUGGGUCUCCAAGAUUUCCGUCACUCGAUGCUGGUGCCUCAAGACCGUGAUCAACAGGAACGACCUCGUACUACGGCUUCAGACUCGCAUACCAGAGAAGAAAAUACCAGUGGCUUUCAGCAUCGUCCUCCGCAUGUUAACGCCAUGCAAGCAGUCAACUUUGCUGCUGCCAAUACACUCCNNACGCCUGCAAAUGCUUCUGCGCCCCGCACAUCGGCUGGUGCUGUCUCAGCCAUCAGCACGGUUUCUGACACUGACACUCUGCCUUUGCUUAACCGUCCUGCUACCUCCACAGGUGCGGUGGGCUAUCAAGUCACCGCUUGGUCUCCUCCCGCCCCACCAUCUCCUGCAGAUAAUCGUCCCACCAUCUCUUCUCGCUCACAAAGUGCUGGGUUUGGUGGUCCGAGAGCGACUUCUUCAUCUAUUGCUUUGAACAGAGUUGACAGAGUCGAGGAAACGCAAAUCAAAAGAAGCAAGAGUGUGGGAACGGGACGCAAAGCAUGGUUUGCGCGUAAANAACAACUGGAAGAUAGGAUUGGAGGGGAAAUAUUGCCGACGAUUGGCAGGGGUGUUAGAGAGGAUUUGUUGCAUCAUGAGGCGCAGGGAAAGAAGUGUGUUGUUAUGUGA